GCGGAGGCGUUGGAACUGCUGGAGCAGCAUGUGGUGCGCGAGCCCAGUAGCAAUGAUGGCCUUUUGCGCCGGGCUUUUGGUCCCUAAUUCCGUGCCGGCGCAGGGCCAGGAGGCUCCGGGACGCCACGGGGCCGACUGUGAAGUGUGUAAAGAAUUCUUGAACCGAUUCUACAACUCCUUGAUAGCCAAAGGAGUUAACUUUUCUCUGGACAUCAUAGAAAAAGAAUUGAUCAGCUUUUGCUUGGAUGUCAAAGGAAAAGAAAACCGCCUGUGCUAUUAUCUAGGAGCAACGGAAGACGCAGCGGCAAAGAUCCUAAGUGAAGUCACUCGCCCAAUGAGUGUGCAUAUGCCUGCCAGGAAGAUUUGUGAGAAGCUGAGGAAGAUAGACAGUCAGAUCUGUGAGCUGAAAUAUGAAAAGAAAUUGGACUUGGCAUCUGUUGACCUGUCGAAGAUGAGAGUGGCAGAGCUGAAACAGAUACUGUAUAGCUGGGGAGAAGAGUGCAGGGCCUGCAUAGAAAAAACAGACUACGUGAAUCUGAUUAAAGAACUGGCACCCAAGCAUGCAGCGACACACCCCAAAACAGAGCUCUGACUUGCAGAUGCCGGCUCACCGUUGAUUGUAAUGAGAAAGAAACGACUCCCUAGGGUAUGGAUACACUGGCUGAGGAUAACUGGGAGCUGCGCUAUGCAUGGUCUCAUACUUUUUGUCUUGAUAUUAUACCUCAGAAGUGGUCACCUGAGUUUAUGAGUAACACUGCUGAUAUCAGUGAUCUCUUAUAGUUGUAGUAUACCAAAAUCUCAAAGUGCCUUUUUCAUGAUUUUCUUGUAAGGAUUAUGUAAGUAAUCAUUGCCUAUCUCCUAAAAUUGGGGAAAAUGAACUGAAAAAUUCAUGGAGUAAAUUGGUUCUGAAAGGGAUGAGAGUGUUCAUAGACCCCGCUCUGUGCACUAACUUGUGUGUGUGUGUGAAAAGCCAUAAAACUUUAUUAAGACAAUAAAGAAGAUCCAGAUGAGUGGAUAGAUAUAUC